ACCCGUCAUAUCGAAAUAAUCGAGAGACAAAUUCCUCUAGAUUAUUCAGUAUUUUCUUUAUUUUAAGUGGUAACAUGUUAACCCAAGCAUGCCACGCCAUUUAAGUCUAUAAAAUUUAACAUUUGAAUGUUCAGUUUCUGAAUUUCAAACAUAUUUGCAAUGAGACUAGUAGCGCUUUUGAUAUUAAUUAUACUUUUUUCGUUGACAAAUGGCACUCCUGAUAAGAAACCAUCACUAUCGGUGGUUUCUAUGGUACCACUACUGGAAAUGGAGAGAAAAUUAAUUAAUAACCUUGAGGAAUACGCAAUUGACUUGAAACAAAAACUGCAGAUUAUGGAAAGUCAAAUUGCAUCGAUGAGAGUGGAAAAUGGCAGGGGUUACGCUGAUCCUUUGACCUACGUGUCGAAUCCAUUAAAUGGACUUUCACUUAUCAGAAGGCUAAACAAAGAUUGGGAAAUGUGGCGAAGAUUUAUUCAAAAGCCAGUGGGUGUCCUGCAAAUGAAAGCACUAGACCUUUGGCUCAAGGAAUUGCCCACGGACUUGGAUCUUUAUGGUGCCUGUGAAGGUAUUCUCCGAAUAAGGGACUAUUAUGAUCUGAAAAUGAAGGAUAUUAUAAGAGGAAACCUCUUUGGCAUUAAAUAUAAUGUUACAAUGAGUGUAGCUGAUUUGUAUGCCAUGGGCCAGCACUUGUUUGAAAAAUUGCAAUUUGUGGAUGCUAUUCCUUUGCUUCAAGAAGUGUGGCAACGAAUUCGAGAGGAUCCUUUGCCCAUGGGUGCACAUCUGAGUAUAGAGGAGUUGGAUGUUAUAAAACUUCUUGCUGAGUCACUUGUCCAAUCCAAACUGUACCCAGAAGCUCUAUCUGUCCUGAAUAAGGGCCUACAGCUCAGCAGUAAAAAUGCCUUCCUUUUACGUGAAAAGGAAGACAUCCUGAGCCUUAAGAAGGAAAACCCAAGCACACCAUCAAAAAAUAGCACAAUUGCUGAUCAAAAGCUUUGGAGUAAUUUAAAAGAAUCUUGCAAAGGAACUUUUAUUAGUCGAAAUAGUCGAUUAAAGUGUUUCUUUAACUCCAGCACUACACCUUUUAUUCGUAUAGCACCCUUUAAAAUGGAGCAAGUCGGAUUGGAUCCAUAUGUGGUACUAUUUCACAAUGUCCUUUCUCCACGAGAAAUAUCAGCACUUAUUAAAAUGUCUGAUCGGAGAUUGGCUCAAGCUAAUACGGUAAAAAAAGAUUCGUUUAAAACGCUGGUUAGAACAGCCAAAGCACUUUGGGUCUAUCAGGGGUAUAGAGAACUCACUAAGCGAAUUUCCAGGCGUAUCCACGAUAUGAGUGGCUUGGAGUUGGCCGAUGCUGAGAUGUUUCAGAUAAUAAAUUAUGGUAUUGGAGGACAUUACGGAAAGCACAUGGAUUAUUUUAACUCAUCAGGUACAUUUUUUACGGGCUACUAUCGUAAUCGGACUAAAAAGUAUUUGGGAGAUCGUAUAGCCACUGUUUUGUUUUAUCUAAGCGAUGUGGAGCAAGGAGGAGCUACAGUUUUUCCAAAAGUAUCAACCUUUCCAGGGUAUACUGUCUACCCCCGAGCUGGAACGGCACUUAUGUGGUAUAACUUACACACGGAUGGCAUAGGUGACAAAACCACCAUGCAUGCCGCAUGUCCGGUCAUCGUAGGCUCCAAAUGGGUGAUGACCCAGUGGAUACGUGAACGUAGUCAAAUCAUUGUCAGACCCUGUCUGGAGCCCUCGCCGUCCCUUACCCCGACAUAAUCAUCGACAAACAAAUUUCCGGGACAUAAUCACUUUGCACUCUUAGCAUAAACCCAACCAGCUCAGCUUAAAUGCCUUUUAAAAUGCCAACACGGAAAAAAUAAAGUGCUGAGUGGUUGAUAGUCCCUGCCCCAGAAGCAAGGUAAACCCAAAGGCCACCGCCAACCGCAUUUUAGCAUACUCCUAGCAUACUACGAGCUCCCUCGUGCCCCAAAAUGCCAGUCUUCUGGUGGCGUCUAGUGUCUGACACCGCGUACGUGAUGUGCAACUUAAUGUUUCAAUUAGAGGUGAAGUGACGCCUCAGCAGGGGCUAUCGUUAUCGCUCCACAGCACUGAAA